ACGAGUGGGAAAAAGCAUUUUUACAACAGCUGGGUGCAGAAAUGGCCACCGACAUCCCAGGAGUCGUCAUCCGACCUGCCGAAAAGACUGACUGCGCUGAACUAGCUCGCUUGAUAAAGGAUCUCGCUGAAUAUGAAGGACACCGGGAUCAUGCUAAACUGACUAAAGAAGAGUUGGAGGAGGAUGGGUUUGGAGAGGAUCGCUGGUUUUACGGUUUUGUGGCAGAAGAUCCUAAUGCUGUUCGUUCAGAAACAGACCCCCCUCGCUUGAUCGGCUAUGUCGUGUAUUUCAUGAUAUACUACUCAUACGAGGGUAGAGCAGUUUACAUGCGAGAUUUGUAUGUAUCCUCGGAGUUCCGAAAGAAGGGGAUCGGCAAAACACUGAUGAAGAAAGUUGCUCAGGUGGGCGUGGACAAUAACUGUGUCGCCAUGUUCUUUAUCUGUCUGAAGCACAACACGCCGUCACUGGCCUUCUAUAAGCGUCAGGGUGCAGAAGAUCUGGCCGAGACGGAAGCCUUGAGAAACUUAAUAUUAAAUCGAAAUGACUUGGAGAAACUGGCUAGUUCUUGACCUAACCAUCAAAACACUCAGGGGAGUGAAGCACCUGUAAUGGCCAUGGCCAGUGAGGUCGCGGGUUCGAAGCCAGCGCUCACUUCUGCUACGGCUGUAAAUCAGGAGCUUUGUUAGGUACCUCGAGAAAUGCGGUGGUUUUUCUCACUCCGGGCUCUUUGCUUUCGUCCACCCUAUAAACCUGACCGUCGUCACUCAAGUGAAAUACCACUGAAAUAAAU